UAUCGACUUGUCGAGUGAUAAAUAUCGAGCCAGUGUGCGGGUUUUGUAGGCCCGAUGCGGCUAAAAAAGCAAUAAAAUUGAUUAUUGCGGCGCAUGCCGAAAAGGGAGGAUUCAACAGCAAAGAGUGGAAAAGAAAAAAAAAAUUUGAAGCAUUUGCGUUGCAAUACACAAAAAGCAGUAGCAGCGACACCAACAACAACAAGAACAGCAGCAGCAACAACAACAACAGCGACAAUUGCAAUUUGAGUGUGUGCAUUAGUAACGGGAAAAUAAGAGAAAAAGUGCCGAUAUGGCUGAUCCCGAGAGACAAAGCUUGAUCAACAAAGACGAACCGACCUCGACUUCGUACACAUCGUUCCCGACCGAAGGCAGCGAAAAUCCCGGCAGCAGCGCCGUAGCCAAUAACGAAGAUGGCAGCACCGCGCAGUCGGUGCCUUUUAUUGGUCCUGAUGAGCUGCCACCGCCGUAUCAGAGUAGCGGCACGGGUGGCGUACCAAUGGUCACCUGUCGCGUAUGUCAAAAUAUGAUUGACAUAACCACAAAACGGGAGCAACAUGUGGUCAAGUGCACCCACUGCAACGAGGCAACUCCCAUAAGGAACGCACCACCCGGCAAGAAGUAUGUGCGCUGUCCUUGCAAUUGUUUGUUAAUCUGCAAGAGCUCAUCGCAACGCAUCGCUUGCCCUCGUCCCAACUGCAAGCGCAUCAUCAAUCUCGCUCCCAGUCCAGUGACACCACCAGUGCCCACCAUGCCGGGCAUGUGCCGCGUCACCUGUGGUCACUGCUCGGACACGUUUUUGUUUAACACCUAUCACAACGCCCUGGCUCGCUGUCCUCACUGCAGGAAGGUCUCUUCGGUGGGCUCGCGAUUUGCCAAUAGUCGCGGAAUUCUGUUUGCUAUCGUCGCAUUGCUCUUCCUCGUUGGCAGCAUUGGUCUAACCGUCGGCACAAUCUCAUAUGCAUCGGAACACCUUGGCAUGUAUUUUCUUUACACUGCAUUGUUCUUCAUUGCGGCAAGCAUGUUGGCGCGUUCCGUCUACUAUUUCCGACUAAAAGUUAGCGCGAUCGAUGGUCCCAUGCUAGACUCGCGACGUGUCGGUUAAAUCGGAAGUGCAUUGUUUUAUUUUUAUAAAUAUAUAUAUAUAUCACACACAUAUAUAUUAUGCAUAUAUAUCAUUCCUUUUGAUAUUAAACAUGAAUGAAUCCCUUACAACGUAA